UGCCUCAUUAGCUCUACAAGCUAUACUGAUGGGACAAAUAAAGCAUCUUGAGAUGAAAGGAAGGCCAGGAUACAGAGAGACCCUCUAUAUUUCUGUCUAUGUCCUCUCAGAGACACUAUUCCACCUAUAGAAUUGUCCAGGUUGUUAAGAACUUGCAUUAAUAUUCCAGGUUCUGUUUCAUCUUUUAGGAUCUCAAGAGCAUACUCAAGUCAUUCAUGCGUUUCCAUCAAGCACAGACAAAGAUCAGGGAAGAUUAAACCCUCCUAAUUACACUUGGAAGCCUCAGAACAAAGUGCUUCCCAAGAACUGAUGGUCAAAAUAUCCACCUAUAAUGAGAGUAAGCUUAGAAAAGCUCUUCUUACAACUCUGACAUAAUGGAACUUUCCCUAAACCAGCCAGCAUCUAACAAAACCAAUGCAAAGAGCAACAACUCUGCAUUUUUCUACUUUGAGUUCUGUCAACUCCCUUCUCUAGCCUUGCUCCUAUUAUUCACAGCCUAUACUGUGGUCUUAAUUGUGGGCCUUUUUGGAAACCUCUCUCUCAUUAUUAUCAUCUUUAAAAAGCAAAGAGAAGCUCAGACUGUCACCAACAUACUGAUUGCCAAUCUCUCCCUCUCUGACAUCUUGGUGUGUCUCAUGUGCAUCCCUUCCACUGUCAUCUACACUUUGAUGGACCACUGGAUAUUCGGGGAUAUCAUGUGCAAACUCACCUCCUAUGUGCAAAGUGUCUCCAUCUCUGUGUCCAUAUUGUCACUUGUGUUAAUUGCUGUUGAAAGAUAUCAGCUGAUUGUGAACCCCCAUGGCUGGAAGCCCAGUGUAUCUCAUGCCUACUGGGGUAUCAUACUGAUUUGGCUAUUUUCCCUUCUGUUGUCUAUUCCCUUCUUCUUGUCCUACCACCUCACCGAUGAGCCCUUCCACAACCUCUCUCUCCCCACUGACCUCUACACCCAUCGUGUGGCCUGUGUAGAGAACUGGCCCUCCAGAAUGAACCAGCUCCUCUUUACCACCUCCCUGUUUAUGCUCCAGUAUUGGGUCCCUUUGAGCUUCAUCUUCAUCUGCUACCUGAAGAUUGUUAUCUGCCUCCGCAGGAGAAAUGGGAAAGGGGACAGGAAGAGGAAAAGUGAGAGCUGGCUCAGUGAGAACAAGAGGAUCAAUACAAUUUUGAUCUCCAUUGUGGUGACCUUUGGGGCCUGCUGGUUGCCCUUGAACAUCUUCAAUGUCAUCUUCGACUGGUAUCAUGAAGUGCUGAUGAGCUGCCACCAUGACCUGGUAUUUGUAGUUUGCCACUUGGUUGCUAUGGUUUCUACGUGUAUAAACCCCCUCUUUUAUGGCUUUCUCAACAAAAAUUUCCAGAAGGACCUGCUAGUGCUUAUUCACCACUGUUGGUGCUUUGCACCUCAGGAAAGAUAUGAAAAUAUUGCCAUCUCCACUAUGUACACAGAUGAAUCCCAAGGAUCAUUAAGAUUGGCUCAUACAUCAAGAGGUAUAUAAAAAUUGUUAACAUUUAAUGAUAAAGCCCUUCUUGAAAGGGAGAUGGAGAGGUAAUGGCUGUGGAUAGGGCAAGAUGCAUAAAGAAGAAGCCAGAACCAAAAAAAAUGAGCAACUUUAUACUACCCAGUUUUGCUUUAGGCCAGAUCUCUCUGUGUCAUACAUCUGCCCAACACACACACAUACACACACAUACACACGUGUACACACGCCACCCUUUUUCUGUUAGGAGAAUAACUCUAAAUACGCAAACUAUCUAGCUGCUGUCAUAUGUGGCAAAAAAAUGACAAUGAGAAAGUCAGAGAGGCAAGCAGCAUUGAUGGCUGGCGAACAAAGUUCCCAGAUACUGUUAUUCAAUGGAAUAUCCACAAAAGUUAUUACUAAUUAUAUGGCUAGUAAAAACAAUGCUAUAGCUCCUUAGCAUUGAAGCAAUUUCACUCUCAAAUAUGGAAAUUGUAACUUUCAAUCAUGUAACUGUUCGAUUAAUCAGCCAAGUCAGAAAGCCCCAUCAUAAUAUACUAAUCAGCUAGCAAUGUAAGUUUGGAUUGAAAGCUGAGGGAAUGGUUUUAACUUAAGGUGUAAACUAAGUAUUGUAAUUAUAAUUAAUUCCCAUGCCUGAAUGAGAUUCUCUAGUUUAUGAUAACAGUAUAUUUUCUUCACUAACAAUUCUGUUAGCACUACUAGAACUGACCACAAACUCUUUAGCACUGUAAUUAUACUAGAAAUCAUAUUAACUAACUUAUUAAUGGCCAACAUAGAUAGAGCUUUCAUUAUAAAAUAGCUAUUUAUCCCUAAUUCUUUAUGUAGAUUAAGUUGGGAUCAUUAUGACUCUAUCGUUGGGUCUGAGGGAUUUCAUCAAUAGCACUUAGAAAAUUAGCUGCAGAUUUUUUAAAACCUCUCGUAAAUCUUAUGACUUAAACUUUUCAAAAAUAUCCCUUAUCCCCAGAGAGUCGCUUACGUAGGAGAAUCAGCUAGAUUGUUUAUCAAAAGGCUACUAAGCUCUAGAUUGAAUGGCCAUCAGUUCAGUGACUUCUAAAUCAUGACAGCUUUAUCUCUUCCUUGGAUAAACCUCCCUUGUAAUACUAAAUUUGAGCUGCAGCUUAUUUGCAUGUUAAAAAUGUAACUGUAUUUUCUUCUGUCUUUUGAAUAAAGGGUAAUGUUUCUCUGAAUACUUGUGAUUUUUCUAUUGUGUUUUUUUUUCUUGCACAUUAGCCUUGGUGUUUUUCU